AUGCACUUCAGUCCAAGCGACGCCAGUGUUGACUGUGUUCGUCGCUGUGUACAAGGUCACUGUGUCACACAUUUAGAAAUCAGUUUUGACUGUUUUCGUUUCCUGCCUACUCGGUCUAAGUUGCAUCAACGUCUGGAUGACCUCUAUCGCCGAUUACGAAAACUUCCACGUUGCUCCUCAGAGCCUAAUCUUCGCAAAUACUGGGGCCGCUGUGGUGUAGGGGAGGACUGCACCGGCCAACUGCCUCCACCACCGCAACCACUCCCGUUCCCACCUCCAUUACCGCCCCCGCCGCCUCCUCCUCCUACCUCUUCUCCCCUCAGCGGAGAUGAUAUGAGUCCCGUGGCUUCAUGA